AUUCGAUUUAAUCUAUAAGCGUUUAUAUUCUGUGUCUUGCAAUAUGGUUAGUGACCUUAGAUUUAGUGUGAAAAAUGAAUCUAAACAAAAUUAUACUUAAUUUUCAUUAGAAUACUAAAACAUGUAUCAUAAGAAUAAUCCAUCAUGUUUCUUUUUUGAUCAAGUUAAACCAGUAAGGCAGGAAAUUAAAGAAUAUAAAAAAUCUUUGGUGUAUAACAUUAAUACUAUUCAUUUACAUUCAGAGAAUGCGGAGUUAAUUAAUAAUAAUACAAAUGACCAGUUGUCAAAUGAUACAAAGUAUAAUUGUAGUUCCACAAAGAAUACUUGUCGUCCUAUAACAUUAUCAUCUACAGGAGAAAAAACUAUAAAUCCAAAAGAACAAUUAAUAAAUAAAAAAUCAAUUUUAAAACAGUAUGAUUAUUAUUCGUGGGUUGAAAUGAGUGAACAAAUCAUAAAAGAUCUUUCAAUUUUUUUACAUCAAGAAAAUGUCAAAGAAAUAAAACAUCCUAGAAUAUUAGAUUAUCGUUUGGAUGAAACAUGGGAUGAAUUAAUUUCUAUGGUGGAUUCCAAUUCAAGAGAUUGGCAAUUACCUGCAAUAAAAAAUGCAUAUAAGAUAUGGAUUCAAGAAAACCCUCCUGAAGUUGAUGCAUAUGGAAUGAAAUAUGAAUCAGUGAAAAAAACAGACUCCUCAUAUGGUCUUGAAAUUGCUGGUGCUUAUACACCUACACCACGAAGCUCAGUAUUUCGAAAGCAAUCAAGUAAGCCAAGCCUUACAAAUAAUGAGAGCAUGGGUCUUCAUGUGAAAACACCAGCUGAAAGAAAUUCAAAUGAUAUGCAACAUACUUCGGAGCGGGCUUCUAAUGUAAGAAAGAUCAAUAGAGAUAAUUCCCCACCAAAAAUUUUAGUGAAUAAUACUCCUUCAGAAUCUUCAAGAUCAACACAAAAAUUAGAUAGUCUGAAAGAUUCUUUGAAACAUUCCUUACCUUUUUCUCCCGAUAAAGAAAAUGAAUCAAGUUCAGCAACGGAGAAAGAAUCGAAAAUUUCUAUUCUUCCCGCGAAUCGUUUACAUAUUCCCGGUAAACAUAUUCUGUCUACAGGUGUAGAUCGAAGAAUUGAAAGUAGAAAUAAUGGAUCAUUUACUUUACAAUUUAUUAUGAGUUCACCAGAAAGUGUACAAAAGGGAUGGAUAAAUGAAAAUAUACUAAUUAGUUUUAUGAACACAAUAGAGUGGGUAUGUUCACGAUUAACAACUGUUUUGAAGAAAAAUGAAGUAUCUUAUAAUUAUGAAAAAUUACAAUUCCCUCAUUAUUGUGAACCACAAUACAUUCUUUAUUCAAGUUUAUUAAACUUCAAAGAAUUUAAUUUUCUAAUAAAAAAUUCUUUAAUUCAUCGUAAAAUAAAUUCCUAUACACAAAUCAAUUCCCAUAAUAAUGAUAUAAUUCAAGAUACUACUAACAAUCAAAUAUUAGUAGGCAAAAAAUUUACUGAUAAUAAUAAUGACAAUAAUAAUAUCAUUCUUUUAUUUAAAGUUGGUUUUAAUAGAAUUAAUGAAAUUAGAAUACCAAUUAUGAAAUUAUAUCAAAUUACAUCAAUGAAUUCAAUACCAAGUUCUUCUUUAAUACAAAUUUAUAAAAAUAAUUUAUUUAAUAUCAUUGAAUAUGAUCUAAUGGACAAUAUAUUAUUAUCAACAAUUACAAAUGUAUAUAUUAUUAAACAAAUACAAUCAAUCUUAUCAAAUAUUGAUUUAUUACAAAAUAAUAAUGAAAAAAUCAAUAAAUCAUCGAAUAUUUUAUUAAAAUUGUAUUUAAAAAAUUUGGCAACUGUUUUACAAUCAAAAAAGAAAUAUAAUCACUAUGAUAAACAUGUACAAUCUUAUCCAUGGGUAUCAUAUUCUACAGAUGGUACAUUAAUAAUUCGGUAUCCUUGUGGUUCACCAGCUAUUAUAUGGUCAUCAAGUCCCUUGAUAUAUCACAAAGCAUGUGAAAAUCUCGAUAAUUCCGAUUCAUCUUCAGUAAAUAAAGGGAAAGUAAAUAAAGCAAGUAAACCUAAACAAUUUCUUCAUAGUUCAUCUACACCUUUACAAAAAUCAAUCACAAACAUUACUAUUACUACUGAUUCCACUACAACCAAUAAUAGUAGUGGUAUACCAAUGUCAGGAAUGCGGAAUGUUCAACAUCGAACAGGAUUUUAUUUAUCGAUUUUUGAUAUUCCUCGGGUGUUAUCGCAUAAGUCAGAAGUGGAUACGGCCAUUGAUAAAGUUGAUAACAAAUAUAACUCACACAUUUCUAAAUCAUCAACAACAACAGAUAAUGAAAUAUCGACAAACAAUGGGAAAGAUAAUUGUUUCAGUACCGAAUUAAUUCAGAAGUCUAGAAAUACUGCUAGAAAACUAGAUUCUGUUAGAGAAAAUAUAUCUAGUAGUUGUAGUAUGAAUAGUAGCAGUAAUUUUUCGGAAUUUUAUCCUGAACAAACUAAAUUCAAUGACAGUCUACAAAAUGAAGACGUUGAUGAUAAAAAGUUUAACAUAGGUCCAUUGAUUGCACAUUUUACACCGUCUGGAGAUGGUGUUAUAUAUUAUCCUCAUAAUAUUAAUAAUAAUAAAACAACAAUAUCUGAUAGCACUGACCACAUAAAUAACCUUCAGCCAGUCAAUAUUCACGCUAUCUUUACAAAAGAAUAUUGUUAUGUGUUUAAGAAUUCUAACGGAGAAUUAGAAUAUGAAUUUCCAUCUUUCACAGAAAAAAGUCGACAUGAUCCAACAAUAAGAUAUCCAGUUUCAUUGGAUGUAAAUUUUAACCAUUACAUUAGAUUAGUUCGUACGAACUCUCAUGAUUUAACAAUAAUAUUUAAGACAGAAGAGGAUGUGCUACUUACUAUUGAUUGUUUUCAAAACCUCUAUUCAAAUGAUUAUCGUGAAUGUGAUACGUAUGAUCACCCAAUGAACUUUGAGGAUGAGUCAAAACAACACAAACAGCAGUUCGUUUUAUCUAAAUUACCAUUUUUGAGUUCAGUUGUCGAUAACACAAAUCAAAACAAACAAUUAUUAAUAAGCAGAAAACGGAAAGAAGAAAGUUUACAAAAGUUAUUUAAGAAUAUUCCACCAAAUGAUGAUUUACAAUCACUUUCAAGGCAUCUGACUGAGUCGAUGAAACAAAUAAGAUUUUUUUGUAACCAAUGGCUGGAAAUAAUGCGUCACUGCCUAGGUCUUCAGAGACAACGUAUUUCAUCACCACAAAAUGCACACCAGUUACUUCGAUACAGAAGUCUGGACUAUAUGACAAAACGAUAUGGAACAUUUACAAGUGUAUCAUCUACUAACCGAGCAAGUGAUUAUAACUCAUUGGUUCACUCUGAUAAACUUAUUUUUAACUCAUUCGGACAAAAAUCGAUAAGAUUAUCGAAGUUCAAUUCAGCAAGGAAUAUCAACAAAAUACCUUUUAAAAAAGAAUAUCCGGAUACAUUCCUUACAAAUGACAAGAAUAAAGAACCACUUAUCAUAAGAAAUGACAAAUCUUCGGAAGCAAUACUUAUGAAUGAAAACUUUACAAGAUCAUUUGGUACUGAAAACAAUAAAAAAAUGAUGAUGACAAAACAUUAUUCAAUUGUUAAUGCAACAGAUAUUUUUCCAGUUGCAUGUCCAUUGUUACUUCGAUCAUGGUUGAAUGAGAUAAAACACUACAAAUGUUUUAAACAUCUAAACAAACUUAGACAACUAGAUGAGACUACAUUCGAACACAGUGUUGAACUAAACUAUGAUGAAAAUAAAUCACUAGAAACAGCUUUUAUGAAUGUUUUGAUUAAUCCAUCGAAAUUCGACAAUCAGUUUUUGUCAACUUUAAGUAUGAUAUCAAAUAAAGGCUGUCGAUGCAGUCGUCAUAUACCACCGACUAUCACUGACUUAGAAUUUGAUAUAUUCUUGAGUAAAUUGAUACAAUCAUAUCAGGCUGCAGUGAUAAUCGUUUACGAUUCCAGGUUGCCAGAUGGGAUUCAUAUUGGUAUAUGUGAUCUUCUUUGCCAGUUAUAUAUAAAACAACAAAAUACAUUACCAACAAGUAGUCGUACUGUGAAUGAUAAGAUUCAUAUUGUGACUGCAAGUGAUCAUUUCUCAGAAAAAUUACACGAUAAAUGCAAAAUUGCAGGAACUGGAGCAUGUGCAUCAAUAUCUACGAGAAUGGCAGACUAUCGAUUCUUGAUUUAUGAUAUAGCGCAAAAUAUAAAUAAUAAUGAAAAUAAUUCUCAGGAAUGCCCAUUAUUACUAAAAAGAUAUAAUGGACGACCGAAACCGGGUGACUGUUUAAUUUUUAUUCAGGGGAAACUAUGUUUUAUCGGGUCAUCAUUCACAGGCUAUGAAGAGUUACCAUGGUCAAAAGAACAGUUGGAUAAAAAGGUGGCCCAGUGCAGAAACCAAUUGACUAAACAAGGGUUUUCAAUACCCACUGAUUUUCAAUUUGUUUAAUAAGGAAUUUUCUUGAUAGUUUUGAUUUCAAUUAAAUGAUAAUAAGACUUCUGAAAAAUAGGUUUAAUUGUAGUUUCAUUCAAUUUAUAAACCAUUAGAAUUGUGAGACAGACAUAUCAUCAUGGAAUAAGAGCACUACUACUAAAACAAAUAGUACUGAAUUUAUAUGAAGAUAAUCAGUGAAAAAAAGUCAACAAUAUGUACCUUCACUAUUUUGGUGGAGUUUUGUUCUCUGAGCUGGAUGGUUUGGUCCAAACCAUCCAGCUCAGAGAAACUACCAAAAUCAUCCACCUGAGCUACAAAUCUUCUCCACCAUCUCAACUUUCAC